AUGAAAAAAUGUUUAAUUUUAAAUAAUUUUAAAUUAAAAAAUGAUUUUAUAAAAUAUAAUUAUUUUAAAAGAGAUUUUUGUAUUAGUAUUGAUAGAGAUAAUAAUAAUAAUUAUAAUAGUUAUAAUGAACCAAAAGUAACAUUUAAACAUGAACCAAGUGAAGAAUUUGAAAAAUUGGAAGAGAUGUCAUAUCAAGAAUUAAAAGAAACAGCACAAGAUUUAGGAUCAGAAAUUAAAGAGAAAUCAAAACCAUCAGCACAUUCACAUCUUUCAUUCAUUGAUAAGAUUAGAGUUGGUGUUAAAGCUGGUGAUGGUGGUGGUGGUGCAAUUAGUUUUUUCAGAGCAAAAUAUAUACCAGAAGGUCCACCUGAUGGUGGUAAUGGUGGUAGUGGUGCAAAUAUUAUAGUUAGAGCAGAUUUUGAUAAUAAUAAUCUUUCACAUUUAAAAAAGAACUAUAAAGGUGAAAAUGGUCAAAAGGGUAUGGGUGCAAGAAAAUCCGGUAAAGAUGGUGAUGAUAUAGUUUUACGUGUACCAAUUGGAACUGUUAUUAAAGAGUUGGUCCUAAAAACUAAUGAUGGAGAAGAGAUUCAAGAAUUUGAAACUGAUGAUACUGGAAAUGUAAUCUCAAAAAAAGAUCCAAGAUUCGAUCCAACCAGUGAAUCAUUCGAUCCAGCACUUUAUUUAAAAGCAUUAAGUGCACCGGUUGUAGAUGGUAAAAUCAAUGAUACAAAUAAUAUAAUAUCACAUCUCGAUAGUAAAUCAACUAAAAAUAACAAUAAUAAUGGUAAUAACAAAUGGGUUGAAAAUGGUAAUAUAAUUGAUUUAAAUGAAUUUGGACAAGAGGUAGUUGUUGCAUCAGGUGGUUUAGGUGGAAAAGGUAAUUAUAAUUUUGCAUCUGGUUCAAAUAGAUCACCAGAAUAUGCUCAACCAGGUACAAAAGGUGAAAUUAAAAGAAUUGAAUUAGAAUUGAAAAUCAUUGCAGAUUUUGGUUUAGUAGGUUACCCAAAUGCUGGUAAAAGUACUUUAUUAUCAGUGAUUUCAAAUGCAAUUCCAAAUAUUCAAAAUUAUGCAUUCACAACUUUAAAUCCAUAUGUUGGUGUAAUUGAUUUCUUUGAUAUAGAUAGUCAAGUUUUAAAAGAAAAACUUAAUUCAACAAAAGUUAAUAGUACAAAUAAUCUUUCAAAACGUAAAAGAAAUAUUAAUAAUAUUAUAAAUGGUUAUAGUAAUAAUAAUAAUAGUAAUAAUAAUAAUAAUAAUAAUAAUAAUAAUAAUAAUAAUAAUAAUAAUAAUAAUAAUAAUAAUAAUAAUAAUAAUAAUGAUGGUAAUAAUAAUUUAAUAAAUUCAAUUCCAACAAGUACAAUUGCAGAUUUACCAGGUAUUUUAGAAGGUGCACAUUUAAAUUUAGGAUUAGGUUUAGAUUUUCUUCGUCAUAUUGAAAGAACUAAAGCAAUAGUUUAUGUAUUGGAUAUGUCAAAUAAUGGUUUACCAGCAAUUUGGGAUGGUAAACAAGUAAAAGUGGUUACAAAUCGUUAUGGAUAUAUUCAAGAUGAAGAUGAUUUAAUUGAGGCUAAAAAAGAAAUUAAAUCUAAAAUCCAUGAUCAACACUAUAGAACACCAUGGAAAGAUUUUUCAAGUCUUUUAGAGGAACUAGAAAAUUAUAAACCUGGUUUAACUAAUAAACCCUCAAUUAUUAUUGCCAAUAAAAUGGAUGGUGAAUAUGCAGAGAGUCAUUUAGAAGAAUUUAAAAAAGCAACUAAAAAUUUAUUCAAAGGUAAAGAAUGGAAUAUUAUACCUAUAAGUGCAAAAAAUAAUCAAAAUAUAUUAUCAAUUAAAAAAGGUUUAAAAGAAAUUUUAAAAAAAUUAUACAAUUCAAAUUUAAAUAAUUAA